AUGAAGCCUACGCUUGCAGCUUUCCUUGUCCUUGCCAUUGGCGUCCUAGAUUGUGUCGCAACGGAGCCGGCAGAGCCGUCCCAGACCCUAGCGCAGUCCCCAACUGACGCUGAUCCUUGGAAGUGGUGCCAAACCUCUAUUACCGCCCGUGGUAAGGAGGAUGCCGCCGCCGACGCCGGCGAUGAUCUGGUAGAUGACGAUCUUGGCCCUGCUGAAGUGGGCGUCGAUGCUGAUGUACAGGCCUGUGGCGAGGGUCAUAAGCGCGUACCCGUUCAGAUGGAUGGUUUGCUAUCAGCCCCAGCGGGAGAGGGCGAAGCCGGAGAGGAUGGCUCCCCGCCGGGUAUCGUCGGCGCCUUGCACCAUUUCAUUGCCUCAGAGACAUGA